AUGUAUAGAAGAAAUAAUAAUCAUGGGAAUAACAACAAUAACCGUCAUCAUCAUACAUCUAAUGGACGUAUAAACAAACCACGAGAUCCUAAACAACAAGAGAAAUAUUUAGCUUAUCAACAAAAUCUUGAACAACAAUUGGCAAGUCAAGACAAGAAACAAGCAUUUAGAAGAAUAACAGAUCAUGGGAAUAAUAUGGGACGAUGGUUUAUUGAAAAAUCAUUAGGAUUAAAUAUUAAUUCUAAUCAACAAUCAAUUGGUAAAAUACGACCUGAAUCAUCAUAUUUAAUUGAUUUAUUACCUUCAAUGGCUUAUGGAUCAAGUAAUAAUUUAAAUAGAAGAAAUAAUAAAAAUAAUUUAGCUAUAAUGGAUAUUCAAUCUAAAUUUGUUCAUUUAUCUUCAAAUAAAGUUAAGCAUACUAUAAAUACAGUUAAAUGGACACCUGAAGGUAGAAGAUUAGUUGUUGCUUCUCAUUCUGGUGAAUUAACAUUAUGGAAUGGUAUGACAUUUAAUUUUGAAACUAUUAUGCAAGCUCAUGAAAGUGCUAUUUUAUCUAUGAAAUAUAGUAAUCAUGAUGAAUGGUUAUUAAGUGGAGAUCAAAAUGGUGUUAUUAAAUAUUGGCAACCAAAUUUUAAUAAUGUUAAUAAUAUAAAUGCUCAUGCUAAUGGAAUUAGAGAUAUUGCAUUUUCUCCAAAUGAUCUGAAAUUUUUAACUUGUGGUGAUGAUUCGAUUCUAAAAAUUUGGAAUUUUAAUAAUGGUAAAGAAGAAAGAAUAUUAAAAGGCCAUAAUUGGGAAGUUAAAAGUUGUGAUUGGCAUCCUGAUUUAGGAUUAAUUGUUAGUGGAUCAAAAGAUAAUUUAAUUAAAUUAUGGGAUCCAAGACAAUCCACUUGUAUUUCUACAUUACAUGGAUUUAAACAUACUGUUAAUAAAACUAGAUUUCAACCAAAUGGUACCGCAAGAUUAUUGGCUUCUGUUUCAAGAGAUAGAAGUUGUAGAAUAUUUGAUAUUAGAACAAUGAAAGAUAUGUUGGUUAUUAGAGAUUCGGAAACUGAUUUAUCUUGUGUUGCAUGGCAUCCAAUCCAUGCUUCAAUGGUUACUACUGCUGCUUAUAAUGGUUCAAUAAGUAAUUUCUUAUUGGAUUCUUAUAUUCCUGAUUCAAAUGAAUCUAUUCCUAAAAGAAGCACAAGUCUGGCUAUUUCCAAUUCAGCAACCACAGCAAAUUCAAUUGAUGCAAUUCAAAAAAUCCCAUAUGCUCAUGAAAAGGCUAUUCAUGCUUUAGAAUAUCAUCCAAUGGGUCAUUUAUUAUGUACUGCGGGUUCUGAUAAAACAGCAAGAUUUUGGUCUCGUGCAAGACCAAAUGAUUCAAUGGCUUGGAAAGAUGCUGUUUAUACUGAUGAUAAAACCGGUGCUUGGUAUUAUACUGUUAAUAAUAAUGUUAAUGCUGUCAUGGAAGAUCCAAAGAAUGUAGUCACAAACAAUACUACAACUACAACUAAUAAUAAUAAUAGUAAUAAUAAUAAUAAUGGUGGUGGAGCAAACUCAAGUAGGAUUGGUGGACGUAUGGGUGGUGGUUCUUCAGUUCCUGGACUUGGAGGAUCUUCACGUGUAAUUCCUGGUUUAAGAGGUAGUAAUUAUUAA